CCUGCAGCCACACCGCGUAGUUUCUCCCUCUGCCUCACUCACUCGCACUCACACACACCACAGCUCUCCUUUGGGUCGGAGGAGACGCCAGCCAAAGUAGGCGGAGUUGAGGGAGGAGAGUCCGAUCUGCGCAAUCCAGUCCGGGAUUUGGCUCUGCCCGGGAGCGGCGGCCUCUCCGGUGACAGAGGAGUAGUGAGCGGCUCCGGGUGAGGCUGCAGCCAACUCUGCUCCCCGCGCACUCGGCUGCCCAGGCGCUCGGGACGCAGCAGAGGCGCUCCUCCGCGGUGCCGGCCGCCCGCAAUGCCCGCUUAGCAGCGUGUGGCCGCGGCCAGCAUCACCACACCCGUGGCACCGCGCUCCCGGCCACAGAGCCGGGCCAGAGCUGUGCACCCCUGCCCCAGCCCCCACCCCGCCCCCCGCCCUGAAAUGACUUCUUAAUCGGCGCAGACACCACCAAGGGGACUCACCGGAGUGGAAUCCAAGUGGAAUUUGGAUUUGGAGAAGAGUUUCUUGAACAUUUACCCUCUUCCUUGUUGGUUUUCUUUUUCUUCUUCUUCUUUUUUUUUUUNUUUUGGCUUCUUUUUUCCUCGCCCCUUCUACGCUCGUCAUUGAAGAUGAACACAUCGCGCUUGCAUCCCAGAAAGUAGUCGCCGCGACUAUUUCCCCCAAAGAGACAAGCACACAUGUAGGAAUGACAAAGGCUUGCGAAGGAGAGAGCGCAGCCCGCGGCCCGGAGAGAUCCCCUCGAUAAUGGAUUACUAAAUGGGAUACACGCUGUACCAGUCCGCUCCGAGCCCCGGCCGCCGGUCCGUCGAUGCACCUAAAAGGGUGAAGUAGAGAAAUAAAGUCUCCCCGCUGAACUACUAUGAGGUCAGAAGCCUUGCUGCUAUAUUUCACACUGCUACACUUUGCUGGGGCUGGUUUCCCAGAAGAUUCUGAGCCAAUCAGUAUUUCGCAUGGCAACUAUACAAAACAGUAUCCGGUGUUUGUGGGCCACAAGCCAGGACGGAACACCACACAGAGGCACAGGCUGGACAUCCAGAUGAUUAUGAUCAUGAACAGAACCCUCUACAUUGCUGCUAGGGACCAUAUUUAUACUGUUGAUAUAGACACAUCACACACGGAAGAAAUUUAUUGUAGCAAAAAACUGACAUGGAAAUCUAGACAGGCUGAUGUAGACACAUGCAGAAUGAAGGGAAAACAUAAGGAUGAGUGUCACAACUUUAUUAAAGUUCUUCUGAAGAAAACCGAUGAUGCAUUGUUUGUCUGUGGAACUAAUGCCUUCAACCCUUCCUGCAGAAACUAUAAGAUGGAUACAUUAGAAUCAUUCGGGGAUGAAUUUAGCGGAAUGGCCAGAUGCCCUUACGAUGCCAAACACGCCAACAUUGCGCUGUUUGCAGACGGAAAACUAUACUCAGCCACAGUGACGGACUUCCUUGCCAUUGACGCAGUCAUUUACCGGAGUCUUGGAGACAGCCCUACCCUGCGGACCGUCAAGCACGAUUCAAAAUGGUUGAAAGAACCAUACUUUGUUCAAGCCGUGGAUUAUGGAGAUUAUAUCUACUUCUUCUUCAGGGAAAUAGCAGUGGAGUAUAACACCAUGGGAAAGGUAGUUUUCCCAAGAGUGGCUCAGGUUUGUAAAAAUGAUAUGGGAGGAUCUCAAAGAGUCCUGGAGAAACAGUGGACAUCAUUCCUGAAGGCGCGUCUGAACUGCUCAGUUCCUGGAGACUCUCAUUUUUAUUUCAACAUUCUCCAGGCAGUUACAGAUGUGAUUCAUAUCAAUGGGCGUGAUGUUGUCCUGGCAACCUUUUCUACACCUUAUAACAGCAUCCCUGGGUCUGCAGUCUGUGCCUAUGACAUGCUUGACAUUGCCAGUGUUUUCACCGGGAGAUUCAAGGAACAGAAGUCUCCUGAUUCCACCUGGACACCAGUUCCAGAUGAACGAGUUCCCAAGCCCAGGCCAGGUUGCUGUGCCGGCUCAUCCUCCUUAGAAAAAUAUGCAACCUCCAAUGAGUUUCCUGAUGAUACCCUGAACUUCAUCAAGACGCACCCGCUCAUGGAUGAGGCAGUGCCCUCCAUCUUCAAUAGGCCAUGGUUCCUGAGAACAAUGGUCAGAUACCGCCUGACCAAAAUUGCAGUGGACACCACUGCUGGGCCAUAUCAGAAUCACACUGUGGUUUUUCUGGGAUCAGAGAAGGGAAUCAUCUUGAAGUUUUUGGCCAGGAUAGGAAACAGUGGUUUUCUAAAUGACAGCCUUUUCCUGGAGGAGAUGAGCGUUUACAACCCUGAAAAAUGCAGCUAUGAUGGAGUCGAAGACAAAAGGAUCAUGGGCAUGCAGCUGGACAGAGCAAGCAGCUCUCUGUAUGUUGCAUUCUCUACCUGUGUGAUAAAGGUUCCCCUUGGCCGGUGUGAACGACAUGGGAAGUGUAAAAAAACCUGUAUUGCCUCCAGAGACCCAUAUUGUGGGUGGAUAAAAGAAGGUGGUGCCUGCGCCCAUGUGUCACCCAACAGCAGACUGACUUUUGAGCAGGACAUAGAGCGUGGCAAUACAGAUGGUCUGGGGGACUGUCACAAUUCCUUUGUGGCACUGAAUGGAGUGAUUCGGGAAAGUUACCUCAAAGGCCACGACCAGCUGGUUCCGGUCACCCUCUUGGCCAUUGCAGUCAUCCUGGCUUUCGUCAUGGGGGCGGUCUUCUCGGGCAUCAUCGUCUACUGCGUCUGCGAUCACCGGCGCAAAGACGUGGCUGUGGUGCAGCGAAAAGAGAAGGAGCUCACCCACUCGCGCCGGGGCUCCAUGAGCAGCGUCACCAAGCUCAGUGGCCUCUUUGGGGACACCCAAUCCAAAGACCCGAAGCCAGAGGCCAUCCUCACGCCACUCAUGCACAACGGCAAGCUCACCACUCCCGGCAACACGGCCAAGAUGCUCAUUAAGGCAGACCAGCACCACCUGGACCUGACGGCCCUGCCCACCCCAGAGUCUACCCCAACGCUGCAGCAGAAGCGGAAGCCCAGCCGCGGCAGCCGCGAGUGGGAGAGGAACCAGAACCUCAUCAAUGCCUGCACAAAGGACAUGCCCCCCAUGGGCUCCCCUGUGAUUCCCACGGACCUGCCCCUGCGGGCCUCCCCCAGCCACAUCCCCAGCGUGGUGGUCCUGCCCAUCACGCAGCAGGGCUACCAGCAUGAGUACGUGGACCAGCCCAAAAUGAGCGAGGUGGCCCAGAUGGCGCUGGAGGACCAGGCCGCCACCCUGGAGUAUAAGACCAUCAAGGAACAUCUCAGCAGCAAGAGUCCCAACCAUGGGGUGAACCUUGUGGAGAACCUGGACAGCCUGCCCCCCAAAGUUCCACAGCGGGAGGCCUCCCUGGGCCCCCCGGGAGCCUCCCUGUCUCAGACCGGCCUGAGCAAGCGGCUGGAAAUGCACCACUCCUCUUCCUACGGGGUUGACUAUAAGAGGAGCUACCCUACGAACUCCCUCACGAGAAGCCACCAGGCCACUACUCUCAAAAGAAACAAUACUAACUCCUCCAAUUCCUCUCACCUCUCCAGAAACCAGAGCUUUGGCAGGGGAGACAACCCACCGCCCGCCCCGCAGAGGGUGGACUCCAUCCAGGUGCACAGCUCCCAGCCAUCUGGCCAGGCCGUGACUGUCUCGAGGCAGCCCAGCCUCAACGCCUACAACUCACUGACGAGGUCGGGGCUGAAGCGUACACCCUCGCUAAAGCCGGAUGUACCCCCCAAACCUUCCUUUGCUCCCCUUUCCACAUCCAUGAAGCCCAAUGAUGCGUGUACAUAAUCCCGGGGGAGGGGGUCAGGUGUCGAACCAGCAGGCAAGGCGAGGGGCCCGCUCAGCUCAGCAAGGUUCUCAAUUGCCUCGAGUAGCCACCAGACCAAGAUGGCCCGCGGCAGAGCCGAGGACGCUGGGUCCUCCUCUCUGGGACACAGGGGUACUCACGAAAAUUGGGCCGCGUGGUUUGGUGAAGGUUUGCAACGGCGGGGACUCACCUCCAUUCUCUUCCUUCACUCUCCUCCACACCCUACCACAGGUCGGACCCACAAAAGACUUCAGUUAUCAUCACAAACAUGAGCCAAAAGCACAUACCCACCGCAUCCCCCAUACACACACACACACACACGUGCACAAACACGCGUGCGCACACACACACACAUAGAGGUGAACAGAAACUGAAACAUUUCGUCCAUAACUGCACGGGACGUGGCCACACUGGGUUAGCGUUCCAACCUGCAAAACACAAAUACAUUUUUUAAAAUCAUGAAAAUUUAAAAAGACAAAAAAAAAAAGAAAUCAUUGAUAAUUCUAACUCAGACUUUUAACAAUGGCAGAAGUUUACUAUGCGCAAAUACUGUGAAAUGCCCGCCAGUGUUACAGCUUUCUGUUAUAGCAGAUAAAUGCCAUGUUGGGCAACUAUGUCAUAGAUUUCUGCUCCUCCUCUCUUUUAAUGAAAUAACGUGACCGUUAACGCAAGUAACUCUUUAUUUAUUGUUCACCUUUUUUUUCCUUAAGGAAAGGACUCUUCCAAAUACUAUCCUACGAACAACUCUUCAGAAAGCCCAUUGAAAGUUAAACAUUUAACGUGAAAUCCAUUAACUGGAAUAAUUGAGUUUCUUUAUUUUUACAAUAAAUUCACUGAGUAAAGAAGUUGGAGCUGGAAUUCUGAGCUUUGUGUUUGGACUGUCUGGUCUGUAGCUGAAGGAAAAAGUUAGGAGGGGGAUAUUUAUUUAAAUCUCAGUUCAUAUGCUGGUCAGGUUGCUGACCUAUAAACAUACAAAAAAAUUAAUUCAUGUCAAAGUCUUUCCAGAUCCUAAUUUCUAAAGCAAUCAGGAGAGAAGCUUUUAGAAUGGCACGUCAUAUCCCAUUGGUGCCAACACGGCUUUGUCCGUGGUUCUGACUUUCUGUGAAGGCACCAGCUUGCAAUACGCCAUCUCAUUUCACCUUGCAUGUGAGACAGCAAACAAAAUCCACAAAUGGUGUGAAGUAAUUAAUAUGCUGGCUGCUACCUUGCAUAAAUUAAUGAUUUGAUCACACGGGUUUUUCGUGAGGUUACAUCUGUGAAUAUAGCCUGUUUUCCACAUGUAAAUUUGUGCCUUACACCUUGAGUUCUGUAGACUUGUAAACUGUCGUUAUGAUCAACUUUUCCCCCUUUUGAAAUAAGUGCAGAUAUUUAUUUAACCCUCCCUUCCCCCCGUCCCCACUCCAGUCCUCUGGAAGAUUAGAGUCAAGCAGAUGGAAGAAUGCAGUGGUGAUAGCUGUCAUGCCACAGCCUGGGAACGCUGGGCGGCACCACACCCUCCGAUUCACACUGCCUUCUAGUCGUGCCAACUCGAACCACCCUUUGGCUGUGCUGCAAGCAUGGGCCCCAGUGUUGUGGGUGGCACAUCCCUUUUCUUCCUCCAGAGCUCCCUGCUUCCCUUAGAUUAUUUCAAUAUGGUGAUAUCCUUAUUGGCCAGCAGAAAAGGGACUAACGUCCCAGUAUUUUGCUGUGUUCACUGGCUGGAGAGCAGGCUGUGUGCGGUUGGGCAGACACCUGGGAGGGGUCUCCAAGCCAUGUGUACAGCACACACAUGCAGUGCACACAAAGAAAUGAAAUGGAAAUAGAUGCAGGCAGGCUGGUCCCUGCUGUGAUUAAUGAGUAACUCAAAGUACAAGGCGGACCACAAUGGAUGCUGCAAAAACAUUGGGGCAAAAGAUUUUUUGUUUUAUUUUUUAUUUUUUUACCCUUUUGUUGUUAUUGUUUUUAGGGGGUGGGAGGUGGUGUGUGUGUGUUUCUCCCCUUGGUUUUCAUUUGCUCAAGCACACAAAAGGGACUUUUGUUUACUCUAUCAUGAACAAAGGAACUGUCCACAUACUGUAAACCAUGAGCAGUGUUGUUGGGUGUUUUAAAACAGUUAAACAGUAUAUUUGGUGGUCUCUUUUGUCUGUUUUUAUUUCCAGUUGGAUCUUCUGGGUUUAGUUUUGCCUUUAAAAACAAUUCAAAAUAAAGACUGGCAAUGACAGUUUCAAGUUGUAUAGUGAAAAAGUGGAGCUUCCGUAAUCAGUGUGGUUGGCUUCAGACCUGAGUACUUAGCUGAGGGUGAGUGAGACCCCUUUGUUCCAAAAGUCCAUUGCAGUUUUGCUGUUGUUUAGGGUAGAUUUUUGUUGUUGUUUUUACUUUUUUUGGGGGGGGGCUUUUGUAAUGGAAUCCAUGUUCACAUCCUGUGAACUCUGUCCCCUGAAACCCUGAAGUCUUUUCUAGAAAUUGAAAUAUUGUUUUCUUCCUUGAAUUUUCUUUAGAAAUGCAGAAACUAGGAAGGCGAUGGGUCUGUAUCACCCUGCCCCCUUCUUUCCCUUGCUUGACUCCCAAGAGUAUGGCAGUGAAGCACCCAUCAUUGCCAUGAGCGGCUGUCUUGUCCUGUGUUUGUGGGCAUCGCUGCCUCAGCUGUUAAGGAGACCUGUGUCAAAACUUAUAUCCACAUUCCUACACCCCCACAAUGCAUCACUUCUGGUAUUAACCCUAAAAUGCCCACAUGUACUGAGCUGGUCUUCUGCAUUUAAGUAUUUCUCCCCCUUUUUUUUUCCCCACUGUGUGUGGGGGGAGGGUCCAUAAACCCGAGUGUGCCUUUGCUUUCCACCCUUGCUAGACACUGGUAGAUGCAACAAACUCAGAUUUAUAUUUGUUGUAAAGUUGUAAAAAUAUUGUGAUGUCACCAAUUUUCCUUCCAUCUCCACAUCCCCUAACUUCUGAUUCACAACUUAAUGUAUGUUGUAAAAAAGGAAAGAAAAAUAAAGAAAAGCAAAAAAGGGAAAAAAGAAAAAAAGCAAGGAAGAGGCUCUUUAUUACUUAAAAGUAAUAAAACCAGACUGUUCUACAUUA